AUGAGAGAUUUCAAGACAGAACAAGAAGUAAUGGAGCUCUACUAAGAGACUAAAAGAAAAAUCAUCAUUUUUGAAGGAACUGUAUAUGAUGUUGAUAAUUACAUGGGAUCUCAUCCAGGCGGCUCUGAUCUAAUUGAAAAAUACUUGGGCUAAUGCAUUGACACCCCAUUCGAAGAAAAUGGACAUACAAACUCAGCUAGAUUCAUAUUCAGAGAUCUUGAAAAGGUUGGGUACAUCGUUGGAGAUGAGACUUAGAAAGGCGCAGAUAUCGCUAAUACAAACAUCAAGGGACUUGAUGGAUAUCAACUCAAAUCUACUUUGAAGCUAGAUUAUUCAAAAGGACUUUAUUACUAAAUGAUUAAAGCUAAUCUCAGCUGGGAUGAGUAUAUAACGUUUAUAAAUGAACCAAAACAUCUAGUUAAUCCAAUCAGAGACAUCAAGCUAUUUGAAAACCCAUUUUUAGAGUUCUUCACAAUGACUCCUUGGUGGGGUAUUCCUUUGGGUUAUAUUGCUCCAAUUGUUUACCAUUCAUACAUUGCUGAAGUUACCUUUAUCGAAUACCUUCUAUGCCUUUUUGGGGGAAUCUUCUUUUGGACAUUCGGUGAAUAUAUCUUACACAGAUUCCUAUUCCACAGUGAAGACUACUGGCUACCAAAUCACCCAUUAGUACUUGCUCAUCAUUUCAUGAUCCAUGGAAUCCAUCAUGCUUACCCUCAGGAUCGAUAUAGACUAGUAUUCCCAGUUCUACCAGGUUACAUCAUACUUUACGGGAUACUUACAAGACCUAUUGAUUUCGUAUUAGAAGAGCAUUAUGCGAAUGCUCUUAAAGCAGGCGUUAUUCUUGGAUACGUCAUCUAUGACAUGAUACACUACUUCCUUCAUCAUUCUUCUCCCAAGAAAGGGUAUUUCAAGAAUUUAAAGGUCUACCAUAUGUAACAUCACUAUAAGAAUGGUUAAUCAGGCUUCGGUGUCUCUUCUAAAUUUUGGGACUAUGUUUUCUUUACUAAAAUCUAAUGA